AAGUGCCGACACCGACUAACGCCAGGCUCCCAGGCAACGUUUAAAGCUAAUCACUUCUGAAGCUCGGUUGCCUAAUUCCCUUUUUAAAUAACGUUAUUUUAAUAAUGAGGGUUAAAAUGUUUUAGUAUUGUGUCGCUGAGCUCCAGGUGGAGGCCGGGUUGAAGCAGGGUCGCUGCUGACAUUAAAACAUGAGUUUCGAGGCAAAGCGAUGCGGCGUGCAGUUCAGCCCUCCCUCUAUAGUUUUAAUUUAUGAACACAAGGAAACCAAAACAAUACGAAAAAGAAUAAUACCUGUGCGAAACUUCUCAAAAUACUCUGACUACAGCAUGGCUGCUGAAAGGCUGAAGAACCACCCCAGGCACAGGGACUACCUGGAGGGUGUGUCCCAGAGCCAGCUGGAGAAGCUUCACAUCAUCCUGAGAGAUCACAUGCAGGGCUUCAGCUUGGAGCGCAGCCUGGCAUCAUUCAACCUGGACCCCGACGAAGACCUGAACAAACUGGACGAUGAGGAGCUGGCUCGCAAGAAGGGCCAAAUGGACGAAUUGUUUGAGAAGAACCGAAGGCACAAAGAUGAUCCUGACUUUGUGUACGACCUGGAAAUGGAUUUCAGCAAGACCACACAAGAAAAGUGCAGCUGGGAUGAAGAAUCUGAUGAUGGAUUUUGAAACUCCAAUCCUCUCUCUAUCCUUUCAGAGCGUAGACUGCAGAUCACCUGAUGUACUGAGAUGACAGGAUAAUCUGACACAGCAAUGCUGACUACAGUGCUUGAUCUGAAGUCAUACACAGAUGUUGAAUAACUCUUUAGGAAAUAUCUUCCUGCAUGCAGUGAAGUAUGUCCACUCUAGUUUAUUAGGUACACAUACCUACAACUAAUGCAACAGUACUGCAAUAUGUUCUACCUUCAGGAAUCAGAUAAUGUUCAGUUUUUGCUGUUUUAUUAGGUGUUGAUUCAAUUUUACAGUCAGUUAUAGCACUGUUGAAUUAUACCACAUUACACUGAGAA